AUGGUCUUUCACGCUGCUGUCAUGUACCCCAAUGAGCCUGACGCUAAGUUCGACGAGGACUACUACAUGAAGAGCCACAUGCCUCUGGUGGAGUCGACCUGGAAAAAGCACGGUCUCCAGAGCUGGCACGUUAUCAAGUACACCAAGGAUCUAUCCGAAGCCCUCCAGAAGGGCCUGGCCGACCCCGAGAGCAAGAAGAUAUUCGAAGACAUCACCAACUUCACGAACGUGACCCCUAUUACCUUAACCGGUCCCAACCUCUAA